GCAGGCUCGGCAGCUGCAGUGAGUGCCAUCGCAGUCAGGGCUCCGGGUGGUCAACGAGAGGCGGGGCACGGUAGUUCCGUCCGCUUCAGCCGCAGCAUCCCCCGCCGGGUUCCUGGUCGCAGCCUCCGGAGGGGAGACGGGCCCCUACUUCCUCUGUCAGAAAAAUGUCUGCUCCAGCUCAGCCACCCACCGAAGGGACAGAAGGGACUGCCCCAGGUGGGGGUCCCCCCGGCCCUCCUCCUAACAUGACCAGUAACAGACGACUACAGCAAACCCAGGCACAAGUGGAGGAGGUGGUGGACAUUAUGCGUGUGAAUGUGGACAAGGUCCUAGAGAGGGACCAGAAGCUGUCAGAGCUGGAUGACCGAGCUGAUGCCUUGCAGGCGGGAGCAUCACAAUUUGAGAGCAGUGCUGCCAAGCUAAAGAGGAAGUAUUGGUGGAAAAACUGCAAGAUGAUGAUCAUGCUGGGAGCUAUCUGUGCCAUCAUCGUGGUAGUUAUUGUAAUCCACAAGCAGAAAGAGGCUGAGACCACGCUGGGCUGGGCCUGGAUACCCGCUUUCCAUGCAGCAGCAUUUCAUUGUGCAAAACCAUCCUUCCUUUCCCCUUGCCUCUGUUUCCCAUAUUUCCUUCGUCCUGACUUAGGGCAGGACUGAAGAGCUGGAAGAAAGCAGUCAGUGUACCCUCCCAACGGUCCCUCUCGAAGGUCUCCACUCUCCUCUGGGCUCCUCCUUGCCUAAUGCAGGGGGUCACUGCUGGAGAAGAACCACCACUGUCCUCGAUGUGUCCCAAGCCUGAAGCAAAUCUGCCCUUUUGGCCCACCCAGCCCUAUCACGGUAGUUAUUUCCUGGGUUUCUCUCCCUCUGAGGCUCAUCAGAUGUAGUUGGCUUUGUUAUUUUGGGGGUGUUAGCCCUUCUACUUCCUUUCUCACCGCACCCUGUACCCUCUUCUGUGUCUCUGCUAUCCCUCUUCCCUCCCACCACCCAUGUGCAUGAGCAGAUAUGCAGCUAAACCCCUGGACUUCACAGUCAAACGAAGCCGAGCUUCCCACAUCCCCUUGUUCGGUUUGCCAUGAGAUGAUGUGGGGAUCCCACUGUGUGUCUGCCAUCACCUGUUUGUCUUUUUUCCUAACCCCAAUCUCAUACUUGUACAGACUAGUAACAGUUGUGCUUCCACCAAAGGCAUGUGGCAUAUUUACCAAUUUCAUGUAUUCUGAACAAAGGCAAAAAAUACAAAUUCCUACCACUAAA